AUGGCGAACAAUCUUCCACAGAAAGCCCCGAUCUUCUGUCAAGAUCCACCGAGCGCAGAGGCAGCCGACGCACUCAUAUGGUCCAAUUGGAGCGCGGAGGACAGGAAAAAAUGGGCAAACACGCUGCUCUUUGAGAACGGGGGAAAACUCAAGACACUGAUGAAGGAGAAAUGGAAGCUUCCAGCGCCCGAAGCACCAGAAGUCUGGAGGGGCUCUCGUCUUCCGGUAUGCGAAGACGUCGACGGAGACGGUCCGCCUGCCUCUCCCGAAGAGCCCUGGAUCGAGCUCAUGGACUGCGACCCGCUGCACGCAGCCUUCAUUGCCAGCCAGCGCUACCCCGGCAAGGGCGUAGCGGUCCACAACUGGGCCGACCACAUCAUGUCCCCCGACGACCACACCGCAACGGCACACAAAAAUCUCCAGUCGGAGAGCAUGCUGGUGAGAACCACUCUCAAGGAACACCUGGUCGACGUAAAGUUUCCAAGAGACCAGGAGGACGUGCUCUACAGCGAAGGAGUCUUCUGCUACGGACUGGAACAUGGCUCCUACGACGACAAACGACACCAGUUCUUCCUCAGCUUCAUCGGCUGCGCGCCACCCGGAGUUCGCAACGAUCCCGACAUUCGAAGCAACGACCCAGUCAACAAUUGCAUCCUGCACCCGCAGAGACAGCUUAUCGCCGACAAAGUCACUUGGAUACUUCGUGUGGCUGCGAUCCAGGGUGCGGCCGUCGUCGUCCUGGGCGCUUUUGCCGCACUGGAACCGCAGAGCACGAUAGCGAGAAUAACAAAAGACGUCCUCCUCGACCCGCCAGCCGGUGACAAAUGGAGAGAAGCUGGCAUACAAAAAGUGAUCCUUGCGAUUCCUGAUUGGCCCUUCUUAAAGGGAUCAUUUCGAAUCUUUGAAGAAGUCUUUUCUGGCUCGGAGCAUGUCAAAGUAGCCAACCUUGGUGAUCUUCUCGAGGAGAUCUACCUGCGGCCCUUUUUCAACACACAGAGCAGCCCUUGA